UGGAAGUCACGUGGCUGAGCCGGCGCCUUCUGCGGCCGUUGAUUUGCCCGGGCCAGUGCUGUGGGUGCGUGAGACGCUAGGCCGCCGCUCUCUUAACCCGACCAGAGAGUUGCGAAGCCUCCGCGGUUCCUAGAAGCCUAGCCUGAUGGCUGGGGUCCUGCCCCAUCUCAGAGACCAGGCUAUGGAAGCUGUGUUCCUGACAGCCCGGUGGAAGGAGUUGCUGUCCUUUGAGGAUGUGGCUCUGUUCUUCACCAGGGAAGAGUGGAACCAGCUUGACUGGGCUCAGAAGGACCUCUACAGAGAUGUGAUGCUGGAGAAUUACAGAAACUUGAUCUUGUUGGGAUUUCAGUUUCCCAAACCUGAGGUGAUCUGUCAGCUGGAGCAGUGGGAAGAGCCGUGGAUCCUGGAUCUGCCAAGAGCUGGGACUAGGAAGGCUUCCAGUAGUGCUUGCCCAGGCUCUGAAGCCAGAUACAGGAUGAAAAAGCUAACUCCAAAGCAGAAAAUUUCUGAAGAUUUAGAAUCAUGUAAGAUAUCAGCGGUAAAGCAGAAAACGGCCAAGAUACCUUCAGAAAAAUUACAUAAAUGUAAUGAAUUUGUGGACAUUUACAGACUUGCACUCCCUACUAUUGGUGGUGAAUGCAACAAGGACUUCCUUCAAAAUCUUAACCUUAUUCAAGGUCAGAAUGCUCAAACAAGAAAGAAGCGGGGCAAAUAUGAUGAAUAUGGAAAACCCUUCCAUCAAAGAUCAUUGCUUUGGAGGCAUAAGCGAAUUCUUACAAAUGCAAAAUCUUAUGAAUGUAGUGAAUGUGGAAGAGGCUUCAGGCGUCAGGCAAAUUUUGUUCGACAUCAAAGAAUGCACACUUCAGACUAUCCCUUUGAGUGUGACGUGUGUGGGCACGCCUUCAAACAGAAGUCUGCUCUCAGUGUCCAUAAACGGUGUCACCCUCAACAAAAGCCAUAUAAAUGUCAUGACUGUGGAAAAUGUUUCCGUCAGAUGGCAUAUCUUGUUGAACACAAGAGGAUCCAUACCAAAGAAAAACCCUAUAAAUGUAGUGAAUGUGAAAGGUCAUUUAGUCAGAAUUCAACCCUUAUUCGACAUCAGUUAAUCCAUAGUGGAGAAAAGCCCCAUAAAUGCCUUGAGUGUGGAAAAGCCUUUGGUCGGCAUUCAACCCUCAUGAGCCAUCAACAGAUUCACACUAAACACAACACUCAUAAAUGCGGUGAAUGUGGAGAAUCCUUUGGUCGGAAUGUAGAUCUCAUUCAGCAUCAAAGAAUCCAUACCAAGGAGGAAUUCUUUGAAUGUAGAGAAUGUGGAAAAACUUUUAGUUUUAAGGCAAAUCUUCAUCGGCAUGAGGUCAUUCAUACUGGAGAGAGACCCUAUAGAUGUGACAAAUGUGGGAAAUCUUUCAGUUGGCGCACAAGCUUUAUUAAGCAUCAGGGUACUCACAGAGAGCAGAUAUCUACUUGAUAUGAACCGGAAAAGCGACUAUUUAAAGACCAGAACUUAAACUUUUUGCAAGUAUAUGUAACUCCAUUGUUUUGUGAAAAUAAACAGGACCUGAAAUUUGUUUUUCUGGGGGACCCUCUUUUUGUAGC